GUCGAAUCAAUGCGAACAAGACGAAGUGAGUUUUUUCGUGCCGACUUAACUCUCAGCUUUGCCUGUCAGCACCAAGUGUAUAUUGCGACGUAGUAGCAAGCUGCUCGAUUGUCUCCCUGAAAAAGUAUCUAAUAGUACGAUACUCGUGUUGUCGUUGUCCACAUGCCGAAGCGUUAAUACCUCGUCAGAACGUUAAGACUGUAAGGUAAUCGCCGCCUCUGGUGACACCAUGCCACGACGCAAUCCAGACCGGAUUCCUGAUAGGGAGCCAAGGAACGACCUGCCCAAUAAGUAUAGAGAAUACCUUCGGGUAUGGUAUGGCGAAAUCGAGAGUACACGGGGCGGUGUCACGAAGGACAUGCUGAUCUGGAAUCCAAAAACCUCGCACCCGAUUUCAAGAGCCAAACAACUGCAAGGCCGGAAGUCGGCAUUUAACAAAGCGAGAAAGGUACUUUUUUACUUCUUGUCACCAUUUCGAUUCAGUGAUUCUACUGGUGUCCGCGCCCUUUCGCUUUCCCGGAAGAGCGAGGUCGGGCGAGUUUAAAUUAGACCAUGUUUGCUUGCACGUUCUUCAGGUUACCUCAUGUGGCCGACCGACAAGACAUAGCACGGUGGGCAGCGGGCACUUAUCUUCCUCUACUUUCGGCCCCUCAGAGAUCGACAUGCUUACUAUGCGUCAAUGUCAAUCUAUAAAUGUUGAUAUUCCAAAUUCUUUCUAAAAAAAAACUUACCUCAGGAGCAUGGUCGUCGCAAUGGUGGUGAAGGAGGCUUUGUGCUGGUUGGGGGCAAGACCGCCGCGGGCAAAAAGAAACACAAAGAAGUUAUGGACAUACUUCACGAGCAUCGUGCAGGUGGAGGAGCAGCUCCAGCCGGCCACGAGCCGCAAGAUCAGCCAGCUCGGCCCGAUGCCGCGGAUGUGCGUGCUGCUGUAGGACGAGCUAACGGUGACGAGGACAUCCAUCAAGCCCCGCUUCAGAUCCCGGACGCAGAACCCGCCGAACAAGACCUCCCUUUCGAGGCGGGGGAGGAAAGUGUCAUGAUGAAUGAUGUCGAGGCCCCGCCUGAGAUCCCGGACGCAGAACCCAAACAAGACCUCCCUUUCGAGGCGGGGGAGGAUAGUGUCAUGAUGAAUGAUGUCGAGGCCCCGCCUGAGAUCCCGGACGCAGAACCCAAACAAGACCUCCCUUUCGAGGCGGGGGAGGAUAGUGUCAUGAUGAAUGAUGUCGAGGCCCCGCCUGAGAUCCCGGACGCAGAACCCAAACAAGACCUCCCUUUCGAGGCGGGGGAGGAUAGUGUCAUGAUGAAUGAUGUCGAGGCCCCGCCUGAGAUCCCGGACGCAGAACCCAAACAAGACCUCCCUUUCGAGGCGGGGGAGGAUAGUGUCAUGAUGAAUGAUGUCGAGGCCCCGCCUGAGAUCCCGGACGCAGAACCCAAACAAGACCUCCCUUUCGAGGCGGGGGAGGACAGUGUCAUGAUGAACGAUGUCGAGGCCCCGCUUCAGAUCCAAGAAGCAGCAGACGAAGAGGACCUGCCACCUGUUCAGGUCGGGGAGCGCAGUGCUGAUGCGGCCGUAUUCAUUUUUGUCGAGAACAAGAAUACGACAAAACUUGUUCUUCGAUGGUGUAGUUGUUCAACUCUCGAAGUACUUUUUUGCGCGAUCCCUGAUAUGAUGAAAGCUAUAGUGAUAGAGCGGACCACUUUGAACAAAAGAGAGUACAACUCACUUUGGGUUCAUCGGACUAAAACAGGCGGGCGGAUUGCGUGCCAACACAGCCGGCUUCACCUACGACUGGUCCUCCGACUCUGAAGGAGAGCGCGGCAGUGAUGACAAGUCCAUCGUACAGCAAAACCUCAGUGCGAACACGACGUCGACGGCUAGCUCGUCGGGGCCGCCGUCCUCUGCGGGGCCAUCUCCCGUUCAUGCGGAUGAAGCCUUCCGCAGCUUCGCAGCGAGGCAGAACACCCAGUGCCGAUUUGGGCUUUUGCCCACUGCAGCCACCGUGAAGAUCUCGUUGAAACGCCGGCGUUCGAGCACAAAUGCCGGGCACAUGCAGAAAAGAGUGGGUGUCCAGUCGGCAAGCGGGAGCAGGAAGAUGAGGCGACUUGACGCAUCGUCGGGGCCCUAGGUGGAGUUGUUCAAAACUCUUGAUUGUGUUCUACUCAAGCUCGUUUUUGUUUUACAGGUACAUUUUUUGAUUUGUUUUCACAACGCUUAGGCUUACACAUUGACUUUUGAUCUACUGAGUCACUGUAUCUACAUUUACACUUACAUACUUUCGCUAAAGUUAGAUACCAGCCGCUCCCCUGGGCCGAAGAGGAGCUAUUCCGACUUUUAGCAGCAUCGCUGUGGUGUCUUGAACUUGAUUCGCAUCGUAGUUGAUUGUUUCUCUCUGUAUUAAAAAACUUGUUUGGCGUCCGUGUGCAACCUCCCCACUCACUUUGAAAGGGAAAUCGAUUGUGGCUUCUCUUGAUGCUGGAAGCACACCGCUUCCAUGACCUUUGUGGCGCUCUACCUACUUCUUCAUGUAUAAAAAAAAGCGCAACUGAUUCCUUGAUGAAGUAGGUAGAGUCGGAUACUCGCUGGCACUGGCUUGCUUUUGCACAAAUCAAUGCAUGAAGUGAACGAAAACGAAAGGUGAAGGCGGAGAUUUGUGAGAUGAACAGCAAUAACAGAU